AGCCUGGGCGGCUCCGCUUGCUGUUUUUCGUCUUCUCGCAGUUGUGGUUCGUCUUGCUCUUCUCGAAGAUGCAGCUCAAACCGAUGGAGAUUAACCCCGAGAUGCUGAACAAAGUGCUGGCCCGGUUGGGGGUCGCCGGCCAGUGGCGCUUCGUGGAUGUGCUGGGGCUGGAGGAGGAGACUCUGGGCUCUGUGCCAGCGCCUGCCUGCGCGCUGCUGCUGCUCUUUCCCCUAACGGCUCAGCAUGAGAAUUUCAGGAAAAAACAGAUUGAAGAACUGAAGGGACAAGAAAUUAGUCCUAAAGUGUAUUUCAUGAAGCAGACCAUUGGGAACUCCUGUGGUACAGUCGGACUUAUACAUGCAGUGGCCAAUAAUCAGGACAAACUGGAAUUUGAGAACGGGUCAGUCCUGAAACAGUUUCUUUCUGAAACGGAGAAGAUGUCCCCUGAAGACAGAGCAAAAUGCUUUGAAAAGAACGAGGCCAUUCAGGCAGCCCAUGAUGCUGUGGCACAGGAAGGCCAGUGUCGAGUAGAUGACAAAGUGAACUUUCAUUUCAUUCUGUUUAACAACGUGGAUGGCCACCUCUAUGAACUUGAUGGACGAAUGCCUUUUCCAGUAAACCAUGGCACCAGUGCAGAGGACUCCCUACUGCAGGAUGCUGCCAAGGUCUGCAGAGAAUUCACUGAGCGUGAGCAAGGGGAGGUGCGCUUUUCUGCCGUGGCCCUCUGCAAGGCAGCCUAAUGCCCUAUGAGAGGGAUUUAACUUUUCCCUCUUCCCUUCAACGUGAAAACAUAUACCUUUCGAUGCAGUCUAAAGUGCUUCAGUACUUGUAAAACACAGCUGUCCUUCAGUUCUGCAGAAAUGCUCAUACCUUCACCUACAGUCAAGCACUAGCAGAGCUCCACUGUUGAUUCCAGCAAGGUUUGGUGUCAGCCUCAGAUGGCGAAGCAUUUCCCCCAGAUCCACUAUCGUGUGUCUCGUACUUUAAUAUCUACUGCUUUAAAUGGCUACUUUGGUUGAUGUCUGUAAGUUAAUGCCUUGGAUGUGGUUUAACUGUCAUUAAAGGAAUAAAACUUUUCUGCUGAUAAGAGAUAA